AUGUCUCGAUAUUGGAAUGAUUUUCAAGAGUCCUAUCACGACCACGUCUGUCUUAUUGUGACCGAAAAAGAUGUAUUGGAGAUUAGUUUGCGGGGCACCAAUUGGGUGUCAUGUUUCAAGCGCUGGUGGCAUGACCUUUUUCUCCUUUCACAUAAUGAUCCGAGAGUUAGAUUAUUCUACGGCAGUUCGCAUGCCGUGAGAAUGGACAGAUUGAAGCAAUUCCGAUUAUACAGAUCGACUAUACAUCCACUUAGCAAGUUCAGACAUGUAUGGGACCCCUUCAUGUUAUUCAUUGUACUUUUAAACAUGGCGCUGUUUUUUCACAGCACUUCAAAUAUUUACGGUGAAUUCGACUGGUCGGUCUAUUUUAUCGCUGUCAUUCUUGAAUUUAUUAUCUUCUUUGAUAUUUAUGUGACUUCGAGGACCGGCUACAUUAACUAUGAAUCCAGGAAGAUUGUCCUUAAUUCAAAAAAAGUUUUAAUACACUACGCGUCAACUAAGCUAUUCGCACACGUUGUGUCAUCGCUACCUUUACAAUGUAUACUGUUUUUGAGGUACGGCCGUAAAAUCAAUUGUUCUGCCUGCAAGGCCAACAAAUUUGUGGCCACAUUGGAAAUUCUGAGUAUAUUUCGUUUGUACAAACUAUUUGAUGUCACUCGAUAUUGGAACAGGCAGGGAGGAUCGUUUAGGACCACUUAUUUUUACAAAUUCCUUCGUAUUUUUGUAUUCGGUUUAGCCACAAUGCUUAUAAUCAUGAACAUAUCUGAUACCAUUAACCUCCUUACAAUUAUAGCUACUGGAUAUACAGAUGAAAGAUCAUACUUCCUUACAAUUUUUAGGCUAAAACACGGCGAAGAGAAGCCGUUAUCAAAUGCAAUGCUUAUCUGCGUAGAGUUUGCUAGAAUAUGCAAAUCUUUUUUGCUAUUUAGCUUCAGUCUCAAACCUCGCAUAUAUUUUUUGGACAAGAUAGCUUCGUUGUUUGCGUAUCUAGUAGCGAUGGUGUUCUAUAUGUGGAGUCUUGUCGAAUGUUAUGUUUGCGUCGGUAGAUUGUAUUUUCCAGAAAAUCAAUUAGUCAUGACUUUGGAGGAAACUUCAAAUUUGGUCAAAUGGAGACAAUUGCCUGACAGCUUUGCAAGGAAGGUGCAAAAGUACUACGAAUUUAACAUGACAAGGCUUUCAAUCACAGAAACAGUGAACGGACUCUAUAAGAAUUUACCGCAAAGCCUACGAAAGGAUAUUUCUUUAUGUUCUUACACUCAUUUGGUAAUCAAAAUACCGUAUUUUGCUGAAUGGCCUUCAUUUUUGAUUCAGAAUAUAGUACUGUUGCUACAAGAAGAACAUUACUUGCAAGGAGAUCUCGUUGCUCAAGCGUCCGUUCAAAGCGAUGGUCUCAUUAUUAUUGAUGUAGGUGUGCUCGGUGUAUAUUCUAUAAACAAUGAAGAAAAGGGUCAUCUUAUAGACGGGGAUUAUUUCUGUGAGUUGUCUUUGGUCACGGAUAGAGAAUUGAGAAUGUCGUCUGUAGUCGCCCUUACUCCCAGUAAGAUAUUAUUCUUAGAUAAGCUUCUAUUUAGACGUCUCAUGAGGGAUCACGUUGAACUUUUCACUGAUAUGAAAAAUAAAUUAACAUCUAAGUAUAAGUCGCAAGAUUCUAAAACUAACCAACAGCCGAAUAUGGUGGAGACGUAUUAA